AUGAACAAUACACAACAAAACAUUUUUGAAACACAACCAAAUGAAAAUAAUGAAUUACCACAAGUAUUAAUAAGAGCAACUAAUCCAACAAUAGAAGAAGCAGCACCCAAGAAAACAAGAAAUCAAAAAGAUAAGAUGAAUCAGUAUAUUAAAAGACAACUAAAUGAUAAUUUGAAUGAUCUUAUGGAAGAUAUUAUUUCCGAGAAUAAACGAUUAAGAAAAGAAAUAGAGAAGAUAAGAAAUAUGUAUAAUCAAGAAAUGAAAACAAAUGAAGAAAUACGAAAUGGACUAUUAGAACAAAGACUAGAAUUUAUGGAAUUUGAUAAUUUUGAAGAUGAUGAUACAAAUGAAUAUAGAGAAGAAUAUGAAGAAGAAGACGAUGAUGAUGAUAUUGGAGAAGAAGAAAUAGAUAAAGAAAUUAAAGAAAGAUUAAUUCAUCGACAAAUCUUCUUUUAUUAUAAUAGUUUUAAUAUUAUUAAUGGGAAACAAGGAGCAGGAAAAACAACAAUUAUUAUGAAAGAAUUAGCAAAACUCAAUAAAAUAGAACACCAAUAUGAGGCGAUUAUUUAUGUAUCACAAAAUGCAGGAGACGAUGAAACAUUUAAUCAACUUAAAGGACUUAUUAAAACACCAAUAUAUGGAAUGAAUUAUGAGAAAUUUAUGCCAGCAUUAAUGCAAUAUUAUAAACAACCACAAGAAAAACACUUAAUAAUUAUAUUAGAAGAUGCAACAUUUGCAUUAAUGAAAGAAGAUAAAACAUGGGGAGAAAUUAUUACAAGAUUAAGACAUUUGAAAACAACAAUUAUUAUGGCUAUGCACAUAUGA